AUGGCAAAUGGAUGCCAAGAGAUCGAGAAUGAGGAGGAGGGAAAGCGUGAGGCCAUGAAGUUUCUCAAUUUGAGCUCCCGGCAGAAAUCUACCUUAAUUAACGGGGCUCUUGCCAACAUUAUUUUAUCCGUGUGCUACACUCUUGUGAUGCCAUUUCUCCAAGACAUGUUAUCUCGCAUAGGAACGAGGCGCUGUUCCUACAUAGGAGGACUGGUAAUUGGUGUCAGUUCGCUGGCUUUUGGUUUUUUAGAUGCCUGCCCUCCCGGUGACACUUUUCUUGGGCUUGCUAUAACAAUACGCGUGAUGGAAUCAUUGGGUGCGUCGAUGUCUUUCGCAGCCAACUAUGCCCUAGCAACGAAGGAGUUUAGGGACAACGUAGCAACAGCGUAUGGAUUCUUGGAAAUGUGUGCAGGACUCGGUAACGUCUUGGGCCCCUUGGUAGGUGGCAGCCUCUAUCAGCUGGGAGGUUUUGGCCUGCCGUUCUACGUGUCGGGGCCGCUGAUGAUCAUCACAGCAGCUGUGGCAUUUUUUACUUUACCAACUGAGAUUGAGGAGCAAGAUACGCCAACAGACUACGGACAGCUUAUUAAAAUAGCAAAGAUACCCGCCAUACCUCUGGAGCAAUUAGCCGUUUGGGUAGGAUAUGUUGGGCUAAGUGCUUUAAGUCCCACGCUAGGAGGCCAUUUACAGAAUGUAGGUUCCUCUGUUCAAGGCAAUCAUAUGAUGAUCGGUUUGGCGUUUUCUCUGACUGGAACCUUUUACACGUGCUCGAAUCAGUGUAAGGUAAUGAUAAUCUUGGGACUCAUCGUCAUGGCCGUAGCCUUAACUCUCAUUGGACCCUGGGUUCCCCUCAAUCACCUAUUCCCAAACGGCAAGGGGUUCCACGGAUUACCCGAUAAUAUAAUCACAUAUGGUAACUUGUCAGCAGUAUUUGACACGUCUAUGGGCCUUGGGAAUUUCAUCGGGACGCUUAUUGGAGCAGCUAUCGUGGAACAUAAUCCAUUCAGCACGUUAUUGGCAGUCCUUACGGGUCUCUGUCUGGGAGAAGCUGGUCUCCUCGUUCUAUACUGUGCGGUAGUUUAUGCAGUACUCACAAGGAGGCGUAACAGGUCCGAAUACAGCAGCAUUGAAAGUGAUAAUGCCAGUAACAGUGACACACAAAACGCCGAGGAAACAUUGCUACUGCCGCCAACCCCUUGCCCGAUCAUACAGAGUCAAUACGUGCAGCCAGAAAAAUAUAUGACUAAUGAUGACGCCAGUUCUAAGUAG